UUGUAAUUUGCAUUUUUUCAUCUUGCAAUGACUACACUGCUAUGAAAAUUCCCAUUUUAGUUCUGCUCCAAUUAUCACAAGGUUCCUGCAUCUGCACGUGGUCCUGAUCCACAUGACGUGAAGAACUACAAAAACUUUUUAAUUAGCCCCAUGGUGACAAAAUCUAGUUUUGCUAAUUAUAUUAUUGUUAUUCUUUUUUGAAUGACCAGAAGUGCAAGGUGAUUUGAGAGUUUGCUUUCUUCUUGAAUCCCAUCAUUUCCCUUAACAAAGGCAUCAGGAAUCCUAUGAGGGAAGGUGGUUGGAGUCUUUUGUUGGAGGGAAAAAGAAUGGAAUCACAGAACAUCACCACCACUGUGACAGAAUUUGUCCUGUUGGGCCUGACCCAGAAUCACAAGCUGCAGUAUUGUCUCUAUGUGAUCUUCCUUCUCAUCUAUGUAAUAACCUGGCUGCUGAACUUCACCAUCAUUGCCACUGUGGCUGUGGACCACCAGCUCCACACGCCCAUGUACUUCCUCCUGGCCAACCUUGCUCUCCUUGACAUCAGCGAUUCCUCGGUCAACACCCCCAAACUGCUGUCAGGCCUCCUCAGCCAGCACACCGUGAUCUCCUUCAGUGAGUGCUUCCUCCAGAUGUUCUUCUUCCAUUUCAUAGCAGGUGCCAUGGCUUUCCUGCUCGUGGGGAUGACGGUGGAUCGCUGUGUGGCCAUCUGCGAGCCCCUGCGCUACCAGUCCAUCAUGAACUGGAACAUGUGCACAGGGCUGGUGGCAGCUGCAUGGUUUGGUGGAUUCCUUCAUUCCAUUGUACAAAUUGGUUUUCUCCUCCAGCUGCCGUUCUGUGGCCCAAAUGUGCUGGACAAUUUCUACUGCGACGUCCCUCAGGUCAUCAAACUGGCCUGCGCUGACACUCGCAUGGCCGAACUGCAGAUGGUGUUUAAUAAUGGAGGGAUCCUCAUCACCCUUUUUGUAAUCUUGAUUAUUUCUUACGUUGUCAUCUUGCUUAAGAUAAGGACAUGCAUCAGAGAGAGGAAGCAAAAAGCUCUGUCUACCUGUGGAACACAGAUAACUGUUGUGAGCUUAAUAUUCAUCCCCUGCAUCUUCACCUAUGCCAAGCCAUAUAAGAAAUACCCCAGGGACAAAGUGGCCUCUGUUGUUUACACUGUGGUCACUCCCAUGCUAAACCCGAUGAUCUACACACUGAGAAACACUGAGAUGAAAAAGGCCAUCAGGAGAACACUGGGGAAAAUAAUUCAGUCAGCAGGAAUACAGAAACCAGACCGGGCAGUAGAUCCAAAGCCAUCAAAUCUGGUGUUUCCAUGAGAAAAGGGUGUUCAUCAAUGACAUUCCUGCUCCUUCAGGAAGGGAGCAACUUCCCAGAUGUGAGAUGAGGACAACAUUCACUCCCAUCAGUUUAGGAAGCUCAGUCACUUGGAGUUUGCAGUCUGGUGGAAUGUCCAGGGCCUAAUAAAAGUUGUCUGCAAUAAAUCACCUGCAAAAACAUCACCAUGACACAGCCUGGACACUGCCAGGGACCCUGCCCACACCUCGUUCCCUGCUGUGGCAAUCACAGCUGAGCCUUCCACCCCAGCAGGUCUCACUUCCCUUUAGCACCCUGGUGCAGUUUCACCUCAAGUUAGCAUUGAUGCCUUACUGAACCUGGAAAUAAAACAACACACUUUGGAGAUAAUAGAACAGGAGGGAAUAUGAAGGCUGGUCGUUAUUGGAGGCCUCCAGGGACAGACAUGGAAAAUGUCCACAAAAUGCCCACCCCCCACGGGGUGAAUACAGUUUUAUAAAUAAGUUUAGCAAAUUAGCAUAAUUGACAAAAAUCACCAAUUAGGAGCACAAGAGGUGAGGCAAUUUCACCCAGUUCAACCUUCUCUGAAUCCUCCCCACUCAGACAGAAACUAAACUUUGUUUAUAAAAAUAUCUUGAAGAGCUGGGCUCAGCCUUGGUUCCUAGGGAAAAGCAGAAUAGGAUAGGGACCUUGGAAUGUGUUUUGUCUUUCUGCCUAUCAGGGCAGGGAAAAGUACUGGGAAAACUAGCUAGAAUAAAAUAAUAGGCUGCAGAGAUACAAAUAGAUGUGUAAACAACACAGAGAAUAUAUAAAAGGAAAAAGGCAAAAAUCAAUUUUUUACGAUGGCAUCUACACAUUAUUGCAUUAGUAACUUCACCAAUAAUGUUGAGAUAAAGAAAAAAGCAUUCUGAAAAUGCUUUAGUAGGAGAAAAUUCUCAGACCUGGAAGGAUUGUUUAGGUUUAGAGCUGCUUAAUUCCCUUAGAGAGACAAGUGAGAAAUGAAAUCCCUCUUGACAGUAGAAAAAAAAACUCCCGCAAAACAUAAACAACUGCUGAGAAUAAAAACUGAUAAGAGGAAGUAGAAUUCAGAAUAAUAAAAGGAAAAAAAGAAAAAGUAAUAAAAGCAAACAAGGGGAAAAACGUCCUUAUGUCGCUUUUUGAUGCUUUGUCAAAAGUCAAAAUUUUAUGUCAUGUCUUGAAAUUAAAACAUUUCUUGACCUUCUUUAUUUUCUCCCUUCUUCCUUCCUUCCAUGGACAUCUGAAGGGCUCAUUGUGCUGGCUGUGUGUAUAAACUGAGUGAUAUUUAAUUUCUCAGUUAAUUUAAUAUCAUAGUUAAUUUAAUUAAUUGCAAACCCUUACCCAUCUGCCUGCUCAAAUGUCAGCCCUGGCACCAGAGGCUGUACCCAGGCUGCCUCUGAUCUGAGCUGCUGCUCUCAGUCCCUGCUGACAGAGGGUGAACAUCCUGUGCCAGAGGCUGGAGAAGGAUUUGACUCUUUGCAUCCUUUAGACAAAGUUUUCUGUCUUUUCUGUUUGCUGGUUGUUUCUGGCUCCAAGGGUGAUAAUUACAGAAUUGUGGCAUCAGCAGUGGUUCUGGAGUGCUAACUCAGGUGCCAUGGGGUCUUAGUUAAAGCUCUAAGGUGCAUGAAUUUACUUGCAACUAUUUAUUGUAUUUAUUAUUUCUUGUAACUUAUAUUAUUCCUGAAUCAUGUGACCUGUAGAAGCCAUCAUCUAGAAUUCUCCAUUUGACUUAUCAUAUUAAUUCAAUAAAUCAGACAAUUCUUUCUUUUCUUUUCUUUCUUUCUUUCUUUCUUUCUUUCUUUCUUUCUUUCUUUCUUUCUUUCUUUCUUUCUUUCUUUCUUUCUUUCUUUCUUUCUUUCUUUCUUUCUUUCUUUCUUUCUUUCUUUCUUUCUUUCUUUCUUUCUUUCUUUCUUUCUUUCUUUCUUUCUUUCUUUCUUUCUUUCUUUCUUUCUUUCUUUCUUUCUUGCUUUCUUUCUUUCUUUCUUUCUUGCUUUCUUUC